AAGCGAGUCCCGAUCCCGAUCCCUGCCGGACACCAGUGGAUCCUCUUCCGUCGCAGUGUGGAGCAGCAGCCAGGAUGAUCCCAGUGGGUGAAUUCAGAAACCUCAGCACUGAGCAGAACUCAAAGUAUCGGGUCCUGAAACCAUGGUGGGAUGUUUUCUCAGAGUACCUGUGCCUUGUUAUGCUAAUGAUUGGAGUCUUUGGGUGCACCUUGCAGCUCACCCAAGACAAGAUUGCUUGCCUGCCCAGUCACUUCACCAGCCCUACGCCCGAGGUAAUCGACUGCAGCCACAUCCGGACCUACAGGGAGAAUGAAACGGUACAGCACACACUGGUCAAACCUGUGAGCCCCAUCAUCCAGGAAGUGUUUGGCCGCAAAAACAAUCUGGACAUCCACCAGUACGUGUUUGUCAACCACUAUUGCUACGAGAGGUUUGUCCACUGGUAUGCAAAGUACUUCCCAUACCUCGUCGUCAUCCACACUGUGAUCUUCAUGGUAGCAAGCGGCUUCUGGUUCAAGUUUCCUGGGACAUCAUCUAAAAUCGACCUGUUUGUCACCAUCCUCGGGAAGUGCUUUGAUUCACCCUGGACCACGAGGGCCCUGAGUGAAGUUUCUGAGGAAAGAGGAGAGGAGAAAUUGGUUAGUUGGAGGAAGAAUACAAUCUCAAAGGAUCCCACAGAGCAACGUGGAGAUGAGGAGGAGACUGUAGGGCUCUUUCACUCCUUUUCUGUCAAGUCUAUUCCAGAAAAGAAAUGUCCAGAGUCUCAGUCGGCCCCGUCCGUUUUGGAUAAGAAGGAAGGAGAGCAGGCCAAAGCUCUAUUUGAAAAGGUGAAGAAGUUUAGAACUCAUGUAGAGGAGGCAGACAUCUUGUAUCUCAUGCAUGUACUGCAAACAUCAUUGAAAGUCUUCAAGUUCCUUUUAAUAAUUAUCUACACUGCAGUGCUUGUACCAAACAUUGAGAUAGUAGUGCGCUGCUAUGUUCCUCCUGAGCUGACUGGUUUUGAUAUCUAUUGCUGUAACCAUAACAAAGCCCAUCUUUUCUCCAAGCUUGCCUACUGCUAUAUCUUCUUUGUGGGAGUGUAUGGACUUCUGUGCAUCUACUCUCUCUACUGGCUUUUUCAUCGGCCUCUGAAGGAGUACUCCUUUGAGCACGUCAGGCUAGAGACGGGUAUUAACGACAUACCGGAUGUAAAGAAUGAUUUUGCAUUCCUCCUGCACCUUGUGGACCAAUAUGAUGCCCUUUACUCUAAAAGAUUUGCUGUCUUUCUCUCUGAGGUCAGUGAGAGUCGUCUCCAUCAGCUCAACCUCAACUAUGAGUGGACUGCCAAAAAGCUGCGCAACCGUCUUGCCAGGAACACCAGUAACCAGUUGGAGCUCCACCUCUUAAUGUUACCGGGGCUACCGGACACAGUCUUUGAGAUCCCUGAAGUGGAAUCACUCAAACUGGAACAAGUUAAAAACGUCACAAUCCCAUCAAGCGUGGCAAAACUAGAUUCUCUUCAGGAGUUAUCACUGAUCUACUGCCCUGCAAAGGUCCAGCUGCCCGCCCUGAACCACCUCAAGGAACAUUUAAAGGUCCUUCGUCUAGCUUUUGAACAUUUAGAAGCGGUGCCUAUAUGGAUGUACACCCUGCAUGGCCUGGAAGAGUUACAUCUGAAUGGUCCUUUAACCAAUGAAUUGUCCAGAAGUGCCACCCUGGACUCCCUCCGAGAACUUAGAGCUCUGAGGGUCCUCACUCUCCGCUCCAACCUUACAAAGAUCCCACCCAGCAUAGGGGAUGUAGCGUUGCAGCUGCAGAGGUUGUGCAUCUAUAAUGAAGGUGUCAAGCUCCAAGCGUUCAGCAGCCUGAAGAAGUUAACCAACCUAGUCUCACUGGAGUUAGUGGGCUGCGAGUUGGAGCGCAUCCCAAGUGCAGUCUUUAGCCUGAACAAUCUGCAGGAGUUGGACCUGAAAGAAAACAAACUAACCACGGUGGAGGAGAUUCUGAGCUUACAGCACUGUCGCCGUUUAGUGACACUCCGACUGUGGCACAACAAAAUCACUUACAUCCCUGAUCAUAUCAGCAAGCUGCACUCCCUAGAGACGCUGGACAUUAGCUGGAACAAGCUAAGACAGCUUCCCUCUCGACUGUUUUAUUGCACCAAGCUCAGGCACCUCGAUGUCUCCCACAACCAGCUCAGCGCUUUACCUCCUGAGGUGGGCAUCCCGCAGGGCCUCCAGUUCUUCUCCGCUGCUUUCAACUCUUUAGAAACGGUGCCAGAGGAGCUGUUCUCCUGUAAAAGGCUAAAGACAUUGGCUCUUGGAAACAACUGCCUGUCGUAUCUUAGCUCCAGAGUUGCCAACCUGGCUCAGCUGGUCCGGCUGGAGAUUAAAGGGAACCGCCUGGAGUCUCUGCCUCUGGAGAUAGGGGACUGUCCCCUGCUGACUGUCAGUGGGUUGACGGUAGAAGAGAGCCUGCUGGAUCUGCUGCCAUCAGAUGUACGAAGCAGGCUAGCUAACAGCUAAGUUUGUAGAGCUACUGGACUCAUCUUUUCUCAGCGCAGCAUGGUGGUCGAUGGUGCACGGAAGAAACAGAGAAUUAGCGGGGUAUUGAUUCAUGGCAUUAGAGGAUAUGUUUCAUACAAACAGAACAAAAGCGAAACCAUAAUCAAAUCCACAACUGAACACAAAACAAUAACCAGACACUAAAAAAAAUUAUUUAUAAAAUCAGUCCUCAUGAAAUGUGUCUUCCAGUCUGUGUUAUUGAAUGGAGAAUCAAGUUGCACAUAUUCUUGCACAAUGUUUUUUAUGUAUUUUCUUAAAAAUACCGUAAAAAAAAUCAUUGGUGUCCCGUAAGUACCUUACUAAACUUAUUUUUUACAAAACUGGAUUUUUAUGUUGCUGAUUUUACUGGUGCAGAUCUCACAUUAAUGUACAGUUUAACUGGGAUUAUUAUAAAUGCAGGGUCCGAACAAUGUUGUGUUUGGAUGAGACAAGCGUUCAACACUUUUCAAAAAUAAAUCAGUGAGAAAGGCACGACCUUCAAAUUGUCAUGGGCCAACAUUUUCACUCAAGAGUUUUAUUUACUGAGUAUUUUCUGGGUUCUUCAGAGCAAAUGUCAAGGGAUUUCAAACUGUGCUGUAUCUUGUUGGACAGGUUUAUACAGCAUGAAGAAUCGUUUCCCACAGUGCGGUAGCUCACGUUGCCGCCUUUCAGACACUAAACAAGUGGAGGAAGAAGAGCCUUUCAGUUGGAGAAUAAUAGAUGCCCAUUCCUUUGUUUACAUAUUCUGUCGAACAGAGAAAAGACUGAAUUCAUACAUGAGAUUAUCAAUCACACAAAAGUCAAGUCAACAUGAUAUUCAGUGUUCAAAGCAGGACAAAAUAAAUAAGCAUUUAUAGCAAGAAAGAAGACAAGACCACUGUCUCUUAAAUACCUUUUGGAUGAGUAAUAUGUUGAGUACAGUGAUAAUUGUGAUUAUGGGUGAUACUCUUUCAACACAUUAUGUAUGAAUUAAUGGCUUCACUAGAAUUUCAGUUUUGCUUCCUUGUAUUAUUUUUUGCUACCUCUUUAACAUAAUUUUACUCAACUUUUACAAUACAGUAUGGGGAAAAUAGUUUGAUUUCCAGACAACACUGUUAACUAGUUGGAAUAUGUGUAAUAAGAUGUAAAAGAUGUAAAAUUACCUAAAAAUAUGCUGUAUAUUUUGUACUUCAUAAAGGGAUGGAAGUAAAUUUAGAGUGCCUUUUAAAUACGCAGAA